AUGGCUUCCAUUAGAACAUUUGUGCUCAAGUUUCCGAUGAGAUCUCGUACCGCUACAAGUGUCUCUUUUGGUUGGAAAAAUUGUCUUAUUGCAUUCCUUCUUAGUUCCAUUAUCUCAUUUGCACGUUUCCUCGGAACAGAUAUAGCUUAUGUUGGUAACAUUGAAUGGGAAUGUUACGAGGAAUCGAAUCCAAAUAAAACAUCUUUUGAUUUGUACAUUAUGGUACCGUCAACACUAUUCGAGUGGAAUGAAUUCUUGUAUUCCAAGAUUUAUAUGGUAAUGAAUGCGGUUUUCAGUAAGAUCAUUCCACCUAUUAUGUUCCCUAUUCUUACCAUUUUUCUUAUUGUUGAGAUCCGGAAAAUCGCGAAAUCCCGAAAUCAAAUGUUUUCAAAUUCUAACCAGAACAAAAACUCUGCAACCACUAAAUUUGUAAUUUUCAACACGAUUACCUAUGUGAUUUCCUCAUUUCCCGCGGGAAUUUUCUACCUCAUCUACUCCUUCUUUCCAUUAUGGUGUCUUGAUGUAGGAUGUCUCGAUUUCCUAUUAGUUUUUGAUUUUCUGACAUCUUUCAUCACCUUGACCCAUUUUCCAAUUUGUUUGGCAAUGUCUACACAGUAUCGGAAUGAUGUCAGACGAUGUGACGUUUUUUUCGGCAUCGCAAUGACCUCAAUUAUAACAUUUGUGCUCGAGUUCCCGAUGAGUUCCGCCACCGCAACAAGUGUUUCUUUCGGAUCGAAAAUCUGUCUUAAUAUCUUUUUCCUUAGCUCCAUUUUCUCCUUUACACAUCUUCUAAGAAUGCAAGUGGUUCGUGUAGAUUAUGGUGAAUGUUAUGGACAAUUUCUGAAUGGAACAUCUGUUAUAGUGUACACAACGCUACCAUCGGAACUAACAGAGAGGAAUGGGUACUUGUUUAUGAAGGUCCAACUAGCAGUGGAUGCUAUUUUCAGCAAGAUCAUCCCAGCUGUUCUAUUUCCGAUUCGGACCUUCUUACUUAUUGUAGAGCUUCAAAAAAUCGAAGAAUCCCGAAGCAAGAUGUUUUCAAACUCCAACCAGAACAAAAGCCCCACAACCCCAAAAUUCGUGUUCUUGAACACAGUUGCAUAUGUGAUUUCAGCACUCCCCACUGGAAUUUUGUAUAUUCUCCAUUUUUAUUACCAAAGUGAUGUCUUGAGACAAUGUUACGAUUACCCAGAUGCGUUGACAAUGAUGACAUCGCUUAUGACAUUUUCCAAUUUGUUUGGCAAUGUCUACACAGUAUCGGAGUACGGCGCUCAGUCCGAACGCAAUCAGUGGGAAUACAACUUAAUUGGAAGUGAAUUAUGUCGUCAAUUCCGAAUUCUGUAG